AAAAUGAUCUGCGGCUCAACUGAAGGUGGAUUUCAUUGCCGUCUUUGACUUUUUUUUGGGCUAACAUUUGAUUCAUGCCUUGGAUCUCUUUUUUGGCAAAAUGCAGACGCAGCUCGUCGGUGUGGGUUUGGCAAUCGUCGGCUUUCUUGGCACCUGCCUUAUCUGCGGACUGCCUAUGUGGAAGGUGACGGCCUUUGUCGGGGCCAACAUCAUCACCGCGCAGGUCUUCUGGGAAGGUUUAUGGAUGAAUUGUGUGAUCCAGAGUACGGGUCACUUGCAGUGUAAGAUCUACGACUCCGUUCUGGCUUUACCGCAGGAACUGCAGGCUUCCAGGGCUCUGAUCUGCGUCUCCAUUGCAGUCAGCGUGGUGGCGCUCGGGCUCACUGUGGUCGGGGCUCGCUGCACCAACUUCUUUUCAAGAGACAGACUGAACAAGUCCAAUAUCGGCCUGGCUGGAGGUCUGGUGUUUGUUUUAGCAGGGGUCCUCUGCAUUAUUCCCGUCAGCCUCUGGAGCGCCAGCGCCAUUAUUCGUGAUUUCUACAACCCUGUGUUGACCAGCGCUCAGAAGAGGGAGCUCGGGGCCUCGCUCUACAUCGGCUGGGGCUCUGCGGGGCUGCUGUUCCUGGGAGGGGGCCUCCUCUGCAGCUCCUGUCCCCCCAGAGAUGAGAACAACGAUGAUGUCAAGUACUCGAAGGCGAGAUCUGCACACAGCAGCAAGGCUUACGUUUAGGUCCAACGUUUCGCCUUCGGUGUAAGAGGACUCCUCUAUUUAGAGUCUGUAAUGAGGUUAAAGUAUAGGAGCAUUUGUAGUAUCAGUGUUACUGAGGUACAUUGAUAACAUUUUAUAUGAUGUAAAAUGUGAAUACACAAUGUUUUUUUCUGUUUAAUACUAUUAAAUUUCACACAGUUUUCCUUGUAUGUUGUUUAUUAGUCCUCAGUAAUACCUCCUGUUUUCAUUAAUACGUGAUAUUCAGAACAUGACUGCUAUCAAGUCAAGUAUAUACAUAUAGUAUAUAUAUUUAUACUUGUAUUUUUAUGGAACUUGCAUGUAUAGUUACUGUUUUGUGUGUAAACCUGAUACUUUCUACUUUUUCUUUAUAUGACCAGCAUAUUGAUGAUUAUGUUACUGAUGCACAACAUGGAAAAGACAACGCUCAUGUUAUGAUGGAGGAGGAGGAGGAGAAGUAGGUGAAGAGGAAAGUGGAGGAGGAGAAGGAGAACAAUAACAAGGACAAGUAGAAGAAAGAAGGACAAGAAGGAUGAGAAGGAAGAAGAGAAGAAGAAAGGAGAAGGACAAGAAUAAGAAGGGCAAAACGGACAAGAACAAGAAAGACAAGAAGGAGGAGGAGAAGACGGACAAGAAGAAGAAGAACAAGGACAAGGAGAAGGUCAAGAAGGAGAACAAGAAGAAGGAUAAGAGGUAGGAGAAGGUCAAGAAGAACAAAAAGAACUAGAAGUAGAAUAACUAGAAGAAGUAGAAUAACUAGAAGAAGAAGUAGAAUAACUAGAAGAAGAACAAGAAGAACAACAACAACAACAAAAAGAAGAAGAUGAAGAAGUAGAAUAACUAGAUGUUUGUUGUUGUCGACUCGAGGAGAGUUUUCGUUAGAUUAGUUUUUCCUUCGUAGUACACAUAUUUGUGAGAAUAUGAGAAAACAUUUCUCCUAAAUCUGUAACUAUCUUGUCACUGCAUUUAAAAAAGAAGAAAAUAAGAGUUACAGUGAAGACAUGAAACAGUGAUGACAAUAAACUUGUUUCAGGUUUUUCAAGUGUGUCUGAAACAGGUUGUGUGACAAAGUGUUUCCUGCCUAAGAAACGUUGCAAAA